AUGAAGGCCGCCACCCCUCGCCCCUCGGUGCGGGCACUGUCUAGUAUCACUCCACCGUCGUCUUAUCAGACUGCAAGAUUCGUCAGCCGAACAAGUAAUGCGAAGUCGUCUCUCACAGCUGAGACCACGAACGGCCUCUGGCAUCAGGCUCCCCAGUCUCCCAAGAAGCCAUCGGCCUCGCCACUUGCGAAGCUGCCACUCUCUUCCGUCCUCCGCUCGCUACUGAUCCUCUCCGUCUCCUCAUCUUCUGUGCUUUUGAAGCCAUGCAUCUACACUCUUUCCGCUCUCGCGCACCCUAAGACGGCUAUUCUAGAUGUCGCGAAGAACCCCUUCUUGAACCUGCUCGUCAAGCACACUCUAUACAAGCAGUUCAACGCCGGCGAGAACAAGCUCGAAGUCCAGCGCUCCAUCAACGCAAUCAAACACUUGGGAUACCGCGGAGUACUCCUCGGUUACGCCCGUGAAGUCCUGGUGGGCGAAUCUAACGCAGACCCCCGCGAUGAGAAGGCCAGCCGGCAGGAGAUCCGGAUGUGGCUGGACGGCACCCUCCAGACCGUAGACAUGGCUCAGGAAGGUGACUUUGUGGCCUUGAAGUUCACUGGUAUGGGCGUCCAAGCACUCGAGUACCUCCAGAAGCAGGCUGCUCCCUCGGAGUUCAUGGAUGAAUCAAUCAAGCAAAUCUGCGAUCUCGCCGUCUCGCGAAACGUGCGGUUGCUCGUAGAUGCAGAGGAGCAGGCUGUGCAGCCAGGAAUUGAAGAGUGGGCGAUGAGGUACCAAAAGUACUGCAACUCGCGCACUCCUGGCCAUGCUGUCUUCUACAACACUUACCAGGCAUACCUGUGCUCCACCCCCACCACGCUCGCCAGACACCUCGAAAUUUCUCGCCAGGAAGGCUACACGUUGGGAGUCAAGCUCGUCCGUGGCGCUUACUUGAAAACCGAACCUCGACACUUGAUCUGGGCUAAGAAGGAAGAAACUGAUGAAUGCUAUGAUGGCGUCGUUGAUGCUCUUCUCACCCGUCGUUACAAUGGGAUGCUGAAGUCCGCCUCUGCUGAACAUGCCACCGAGCUUCCACCUGUCAAUGUCAUCAUCGCCACGCACAACCGGGAGUCUGUCCGCAAGGCACACGCUCUUCGUCUCGAGCAGGCUAGCCGGGGCCAGAACUCCAAUGUGGAUCUCAGCUACGCUCAGCUGCAGGGAAUGGCCGACGAGAUCAGCUGCGAACUGCUGCAGGGCUUCCAGAGCGCCGAAGCCGAGACGGCUAAGACCCAGCCCACUGAAUCCCCGAAUGUGUACAAGCUUCUUACCUGGGGCUCCGUCAAGGAAUGCAUGGGUUUCUUGCUCCGCCGGGCAGUGGAGAACACUGAGGCAGUUGGACGCACAAAGGAAUCGCAGGAGGCGAUGUUCAGCGAACUCAAGCGCAGGGCUCGCCUCGCCUUUCGCUCCAGCAACUGA